AGGUGUGGGGUCAGCGCCCUCCUCUUCCUCCCGCCCCCCCAGUGGCCCUGCUUCGCCCCACGGAUCCCGGGCGGCCAGGAGGAUGUGGGGGGGCGUCUGCUGGCUCGUGGCCGCCUUGCAGGUGGGGCUGGGGGCCGCCUGGGGGUCGCGGGCAGAGCCCAGUACAGCCAACUGGUCAGCAGGAUCAGACCCUCCCAGCUCCAACCCUCCGACAUGGACCACGCCACUCCCCCGGUCAACGGCCAGCAGUGGGGCUGCUGCCCCGGGAGAGCAGGAGCCCCCCGCCUGCAGGGGAGAGGAGGACUGCCCCCCUUGGAGCAGCUGCGAGGAGCAGGCCGGGCGCAACUCCUGCCGCUGUGGGCUGGGCUACCACCUCAGCCCCACCCUGGGCUGUGUGCCAGUCAAGGCCUUCCCCGGCCGGCUCUCGCUGUGGGAUUCGGGAAGCCCCGACUGGUCGCUGCCGGGCAUCACCUCAGCCGAGUCGCAGCUGCCGUGGGUCACCCUCCAGAUCCAGAGAUUGUUCCAGCACAUCCUGGGGCACCUCGAUGGCUACCUGGGCUCUUCUGCCAGAGACCUGAAGUGGCCCAGCUCCGAAGUGACCCUGUUCCACCAUUUCUCCGCACGGGCGCCAGUCACCAGCCGGCAGGUGGCAGAGGCCGUGGCCACGUUCCGGGCACAGUGCCACGAAAGCAGCCACAUGGGGGCCCCUGCAUGUGCUCUCCUGCGCAAGGCGGGCCCCUACCAGAGCCUGAGCCUCUGUCUCUUUGACGUCUGCGACUCCCUCUCCACCAGCUGCUCCUUCCAAGACGGCCUCGUCCGAUGCACCUGCCAGCCUGGCCACUUCCAGGCGCACCCAGCCGACCGCACCUGCGCAGAAUGCAGCAGUGGAUUUUGGCUGCAGAACGGCACCUGCACCAGGUGUCCAUUUGGGUUCGGUGGUGCCGGCUGCCAGGAGCCCUUCCUGCUGGCCUUGGUGGUCGUCUCUGGCCUCGCUGGUCUCCUCCUGCUGCUGCUCAUCGCUGGGUCUCUUUCCAGAAGCACCCGGCCCCCCAAGGAGGACCUCAAGGAGACCCCUGACGCCCCGCAGCUUCCCCUGCACGCCUCCUCCACCUUAAGCCUGCCCCGCGUGAGGCCUCCGUGGACCCUGGAGGAGGCCGAGAUGAGGAGAGGAGACCGCCUGUCCCUCUGGGGCCCGGACGUGGGGCAGCGCCCAGCAAAUGCCCCCCGGCUGAAGACGUUCCUGGGGUCCUCAAGCUCCCUGCCCUCCCCCCCACAGCCGCUGGGCGGCUGCCACAACCUCGUCUUUGUCAGUGACGCCGCCGAGGAGAAGGACAGGAGGAGCUUUUUCUGAAGGAGGAGCUGGGGUCCCCUCUCUGCCCCCCACCAACCUGCUCCUGGAUCUCCCCGGACAAGGGGGCGCCCGCAUCGGGUGCCAGGGCGGCAUUCAGGCUUUCUGCUGCCAAGGGUUUCUUCCCCAGGAGGGUUUGGCUGCCCCAAGACCCACAAAGUGGCUGAGGGGCCUGAGCUGAGGGUUUGAGGCUUCAGUCUGGAUGAAGGUCAGGGCUUUGAGUUAUGGGGCAGCUGCGUUUUCCUUGCCCUGGACAGUUUGUUCUGGGGUGGGGUGGUUUUAAAAAACAACAACCCGAGAAAUGGCCUAGGAAGCCGAGGCUGAGAAAUGGCCGUGGGGCAGGGGCCACUUUGCCCUUCCUGCUUGUCCUCUCAGGUUCACCCCAAACCUGCUUUCCUCAAUCUCUGUGGGGCAAACCGUAAAAUAGGAAAAGUGGAUUUUGGGGUGGGGGGUUGGGGGGGGCAAAUGGCAGGAGGAAAAGGCCAGACACAGAGAUUGCUCUUCCACUUCCAAUUGCAGGUUUUGAGGCUGAUCUUCCCUUUCCAAAAAGCCCCAAAUAGCUGUCUCAAGAAAUACACAACUUCCUGCUCCUUAUAACUCGGUCGUCAGGUUGCCCAGGAGCUAUUAGCCUUGUAGGACGCCCCCAAAAUGCAGGGGGGAGACUUCUGCAGCUGUUUUUUGGCCCUGGGAAAACAGGGAUCUAAAGAAUUGCUGGAAUUUUUUAACUGAAAUCCUCUUUGCUGUUUAUUCUUAGAUAACCACCUGUGUUUUAAACAACCCUUUUCUGUAAAAUGGGUACACUUAAAUAAACAUCUUCUUUGCCAGUGUGCAAAAACAA